AUGAUGAAACUCAUAAAUCGAUCAGAACCUGCACUACAUAUUAAUGAAAUUGAUGUUAAUGAUAAAUAUAAAUUUCUUAAACAAAUUGGCAAAGGUAGUUACGGCGAGGUAUGGCUUGUUCUACCGUUACGUCAUUCUACAUCAUCCAAAUCUAGCACAAAACAAUAUGUACUUAAACGAUUAGAUCUUCGUCUACAAUCAAAUGAAACAACACAAAAUGACAUAGAAAGUGCUGAACGUGAAGCUAAACUAUUAUCAACAUUAAAACAUCCAAAUAUUGUUGCUUAUACUGAAUCAUUUCGUUCAAAUGAUGGUUUUCUCAAUAUAGUCAUGGCAUAUUGUGAAGGUGGAGAUUUAUAUACAAAAUUAAAAGAAAGGAAAGCCAAUAAACAACCACUAACCGAAAAUCAGAUUGUUGAAUGGUUUGUACAGAUUUGUAUGGCUUUACAAUAUAUGCAUGAUAAAAGUAUUUUACAUCGAGAUUUGAAAACUCAAAAUAUAUUUUUAACUAAAAAUGAAAUCGUUAAAGUUGGAGAUCUAGGAAUUGCAAGAGUAUUAGAAUCGGGAAAUGAUUUAGCAACAACAAUUAUCGGAACACCAUAUUAUAUGAGUCCAGAAAUAUUUUCUAACAAGCCAUAUGGACAAAAGUCUGAUAUUUGGGCACUUGGCUGUUGUGUUUAUGAAAUGACAACACUUGAACAUGCAUUCAAUGCAAAAGAUAUGAAUUCACUUAUGUUAAAAAUAAUUCGUGGACAAAUACCACAAACAUCAAAAAGAUAUAGUGAACCAUUAACAGCUUUGAUUAAAUUGAUGCUCAGUAAAAAUCCAGAUAAUCGUCCAACAGCAAAAAAGAUUCUACAAAAUCCUUAUAUCAAACGACAUAUUAUGCGAUUAUUAGAAAAAACUAAGGAUAAGUGUCAAAAUCAUACCAAUUCGAAUACUUCAAUAGCAGUUGUCGAACCACUACCGACUCCCUUUUCGCGUUCUUCUUCUGCAACACCUCCACCUUCAUCUUCGCCAUCUACCCCCGUCAACAAUGCUCCUAUUCCAUCUUUAUCAAACGAUGCCAAAUUACCGCAUUCCUCAGCGAGUUCACCAUCAUCGAAAAAAUCUCAAAAAUCUCGAUUUUCGAAUCAUCAUGCUUCUGUGCUUCCGUCUUAUCCGCCAUUACCACCUUCACACAAUCGUCCAUCAAAUAAUAUCGCAACAUCAUCAUCAGGUUCAUCCUCUUCAGCCGAUGCUAGUCGAUCAUUACCAUCGGGUGACGUUAAUCAAUUGAAUGAUGCACGUGCUCGCCGCCGUCAUCGCGUUCAUUUAAGUAGUCCAUUGCCAAUCAAUGAGCAACAAAUGGAUAUGAAUUUCCUCUCAAAUCUCAGUCAGAAUGAUACACUAAAACGUCGACAACGUGAUCAACAGAUAAAUAAUCAUUUGAAACAAUAUCAUCAAGGAUCAUCCGAUGAUGAACAUGAAAUAUUAUCGAAGGCCAAUCCUUCACAGCCAGUUAUUGUUGUUGUUCAACCAAAACGACCAGUAAGACCAAGUUCAUCAGGAUCAUCUAUCGAAUCGAAUCCUAGUAAAUUAUCAUUUGAUGAUGAUGGUUAUUCUUAUGAACGUGAAACAAAUAUAAAUCCUCAACAGCAACAACAACAAAUACCAUUAAAAAUUACAAAAUCUUACGAUUCAAAUAAUAAUGCGGUAAAAGCAAGUGCGCGUCAACGUCGUCGUGAUAGUCGCAUGCAAUCAUCAAUUGAAUCAGCAAGCCAAAUAACACCAAAUAAUAGUAAUCAUGAAUUAUCACAUUCAACAUCGCAAGAUUCAAUCUCAAUUGAAAAUGAAAAGAAAAAAGAAGGAGAAAAAGAUAUAAAUGAUUUAAUUUUUAUGUUAACUGCUACAUUGAAAUUACUGCCAACACCAUCAGAAAAUGUACAAGAUUCUGGACCCGAUCCAAAUGAAUUCACCAAUAGUAGUAAUGAUAGUGAUAAAACAAUUGUUGAUGAGAACGGCUAUUCUCAUUCAUCAUCUGAUGAACAGAUUUCAAGGCCAUGGCCAUCUGGUGAUCGAACAAUGGAAAGCCCAUUGCAUCAAACGAAUCAUCUUCAUAAACGUUGCAAAGCACUAAAAGAGGAUUGUCUUAAAGAAAUCAGCCCAGAGAAACUACAACGUGUUUUAAACAUACUUGAAAAUGUCAGUCAAGCACAAAUGAAAAAUGAAAUGAUUACUGAGCUUGGUGAAUAUUUAUAUCAAAAAUAUGCUCCACAAAUAUUUUUACUCAAAUUUUAUGAAGACAAUUUACUUACACGUACAUAA